AAGAACGCCUAAAGCCUGCCACUCUGGGCAACAGCUAAGGGGUUGUUAUCCAGUGGUCGAUACAACUUGGCUUACCCUCGGUCACUGACUGUGUGCAUGUGCCUCCGCACAAUUAGAAUGAUGCGGAAAUGUUAUCAGUGAAAUGAGUGGCACGCUAGCCCGUUUUUGAAGUCUACUACACUUAGUUAUAUUCGACCGCCGCACAAAACUUAAACAUUACCUUCUCAGAAGCAGUGCACUGGCAAGAGAGGCCCCAAGCAGGAAGCAUGUCAGAUUCUCUCUCCCUGAAUUGUCUUCGAGAAGGCUUCUGGAGCACUGGCUUUCUGAGGCGAACAAGAACAAGACACCCCUCUCCAGUGGCUUAUUCUCUCGCUUUCCAUGCACGAGUAUAACCUGGCAUCCUCCUGUGCGUCCUACUUUCAAAGUGUGCUUUUACUUCUAUGCCGCACAUUGAUUUCUGACUCUCGAAAUUACCUUCCAAACCACCACCUUACUUUCAUUAUCCACGGCCCUCGAUAUAACCAAGACGUCAGUGGCAUUAGUGGAAGUACCGAAGAGAACCUCAUCGUCGCUUCAGGGUAUCCGAUCCAACUCACACGAACAAUCAUCACACUCUUCAGGACCUCUCCGUCACGGAUCAUACCACCACACCGCUCAACACAGCACUCUCCACUCUCCACUCCCCGCCUUCCGCCCUCCGCCCUCCAAACCCUAUCUCGAUGCCUCCCUCUACACCUUCCUCUUCUACCAAAAAGCGCCGCCGCAUCAAAUCCCCCUCCCCCAUAUCCUCUGACUCCUCCGCCCACUUCUCCGACUCCUCCACCGACCUCACCCGCGAACUCAACCGCCUCGGCGGCCCCCCGCUCAAACCCCGGCCCACCUCCCGCCCGCGCACCACCCCACGCCACCGCUCCGCCGACGCCAUCGCCUGCCCGCACCCCCACUGCGCCUUCGCCACGCGCUACCGCAUCGACAUGCAGCGGCACGUACGCAACGACCACCAGCGCGAUUGGGCGCUGCCGUGCGAUGUGUGCGGGAAGACGAGCCGGGAUCUGGGUGUGUGCGAUCAUCGGGAGAAGUAUACUCCAAGCCAGGACCCGGAGAAGUUGGAGGCGGUGAAGUGGGAUGAUAAGCCGAUUCGCGCGCUGAAGCUCACGGGGGAGAAAGAGUCGAAUCGGGAGAAGAAGGAGUCGCUGGGGGAGAUGCUAGCGGAGAGGCUGAAGGCGAAGAAGCCGGCGACGCGCAAGGAGGAGCUG